CCCUCCGGGCCAGGAAGCGCGGAAGGAACCUCCGGGGGCCAUGGACGGAGCUGUGAUGGAAGGGCCGCUCUUUUUGCAGAGUCAGCGCUUCGGGACCAAGAAGUGGAGGAAGACGUGGGCUGUACUCUACCCGGCCAGUCCCCACGGCGUGGCGCGGUUGGAGUUCUUUGACCAUAAGGGGUCAAGUUCUGGAGGUGGUAGAGGGGGCUCGCGCCGCCUGGACUGCAAGGUGAUUCGUUUGGCCGAAUGUGUGAGCGUGGCCCCCGUGGCGGUGGAAAGCCCUCCUGAGCCCGGCGCCACUGCCUUUCGCCUGGAUACUGCGCAGCGCUCACACCUGCUGGCGGCUGACGCUCCAUCCAGCAUUGCCUGGGUGCAGACUCUGUGCCGAAACGCCUUUCCGAAAGGCAACUGGGCUCCAGCACCUGCUGAAAACCCACCUAAGCUUUCUGCCCUGGAGAUGCUGGAGAACUCCCUGUACAGCCCCACUUGGGAAGGAUCCCAAUUCUGGGUGACUGUGCAGAGGACGGAGGCCGCUGAGCGCUGUGGCCUGCAUGGCUCCUAUGUACUGAGGGUAGAGGCAGAGAGACUGACUCUCCUGACUGUGGGGUCCCAGAGUCAGAUACUGGAACCACUUCUGUCCUGGCCCUACACUCUGUUGCGUCGCUAUGGCCGGGAUAAGGUCAUGUUUUCUUUUGAGGCUGGCCGCCGCUGCCCCUCAGGCCCUGGAACCUUCACCUUCCAGACAACACAGGGAAAUGACAUCUUCCAGGCAGUUGAGACUGCCAUCAACUGGCAGAAGGUCCAGGGGAAAGCAGGACAGGGGCAUGAUGUUCUCAGAGCUGAAGCCCAUGAAGGGGAGGAGGCAGAAGGGAAGUUGGCUUCCCCUCCUGGCCCCCAGGAGCUCCUGGGCAACCCCCCAGCCCUGUAUGCCGAGCCCUUAGACUCUCUGCGCAUUGCUCCAGGCUCUACCCAGGACUCCCUAUACUCAGACCCCUUGGACAGCACACCUGCUCGAGCAGGGGAGGGGGUAAAGUUGAAGAAACCUCUCUAUUGGGACUUGUAUGAGCAUGUGCAGCAGCAGUUGCUGAAGGCCAACCUGACAGACCCCAAAGAGGACCCCAUCUAUGAUGAACCUGAGGGCCUGGCUGCAGCCCCUCCCCGGAACCUUUAUGAUCUACCUCAGGAACCCAAGGAUGCAUGGUGGUGCCAGGCUCGGGUGAAGGAGGAGGGCUAUGAGCUCCCCUACAAUCCUGCCACUGACGACUAUGCCGUGCCACCCUCUCGGAGCACGAAGCCCCUCCCAGCCCCCAAGCCCCAGGGUCUGGCCUUCCCUGAACUUGGUAUAGGAACUGGCAGAGGCAGUAAGGGGCACAGCUCAGACGCUAUCCUAUACAGCCAGGUCCAGAAGAGUGGGGCCUCGGGAAACUGGGAUUGUGGGCUUGCUAGAGUAGGGACAGACAGGGCUGGGGUCAAGUCAGAGGGCUCCACCUGAGAAGUAAGGCAGGGCUAGGGUUGCAGAUAGGAGGACCACAGAGGUGGCUUCUGGGAUCAAAGAAACCAGUUAGAACCAGUGGGAACCAGAGGGGGGGAGGGGCCCAUGUGACCAGAGGUAUGGGGGAAUCAAGGGAAGGACAGUCAAUACCAGGAAGUCCUAGGAAGUGGAAGAGAUGGCAGGGCUAAGGGAUUGGUUCUAGGGAGGGCAGCACCCCAAACCCAUUUCUUCCCUACCUGCCAAAGAAAAGGACAAGCUGCUAGACCAUGUUUAUGGAAAAGGGUACUUGGUCAGAGAAGGCACAGUUUGAGGGGCCUAUUUGGAAGCUCUAGGGAGAUGCUGGACUGUUUAGAUCCUUCUUGCAUUGUUCUUUGACAGAGAUAUAUUUUAAAAUUUUUUCUUAUUAAAGCCAUCUUGGGUUUAAGA